ACCCAAACAAGCCCUCUCCUAUACAUUCCAAGGCUCCCCCAGGCGUAUGCUUUGCUCAAUAGUAUCUUUUCUCCACAAUAUCCCAUUCAUCAUCAUCAUCCAUCAUUGUUCUUGAUAUCUUUGCUGUAUUCCUUCCACCAUGCAGCCUCCUCGCCGGAAGACGCCCUUGUUCCCGUCCGACACCGUGGCGAUGAAGCACUUCGGUGGCCCGAAGAAGGGCAACAACCUCCCCAUCUUCGUGGUCGUGUUCUCGAUAUGUCUCUUUGGGGCAUUCAUGUACAACGAGGAUGUGAAGUCGAUCGCCGAGUUCCCCUUCUCGCGGCCCGGCGGCAAAGCCCAGGAGGAGGGCACAGGGCUCGAGCAGAAUGACAACACAGGACCGGGCCGCGGGGUGCGGCUGACGGGUAGUGAUAGAAGCAAUGAGAUUAUUCAAGAGGAGGAGGAGGACUUGUUAGAAGAUGUUGAGUUGCCACCGGAGGAAUGUGACUUUUUCAACGGGGAGUGGGUGUUUGAUAAUGUCACCCACCCGUUGUAUAAGGAAGAUGAGUGCGAGUUCCUCACGGCUCAGGUGACUUGCUUGAGGAAUGGGAGGAAGGACUCCUUGUACCAGAACUGGAGAUGGCAGCCCAGAGAUUGCUCUCUCCCCAAGUUCAAGGCGAGGUUGUUGCUUCAGAAACUGAGGAACAAGAGGCUGAUGUUUGUUGGGGACUCACUGAAUCGGAACCAGUGGGAGUCUAUGGUAUGUAUGGCUCAGUCUGUCGUGCGCCCGGGAAGAAAGAGCUUGAACAAGUCGGGUUCCCUCUCUGUCGUCCGACUUGAGGACUAUAAUGCUACAGUCGAGUUCUACUGGGCCCCCUUUUUGGUGGAGUCAAACUCGGACGACCCGACGAUGCACAGCAUCCUGAACCGGAUCAUCAUGCCCGAGUCGAUAGAGAAGCACGGGCAGAACUGGAAGGGGGUGGACUACCUGAUCUUUAACACGUACAUCUGGUGGAUGAACACGGCCAACAUGAAAGUCUUGCGGGGAUCGUUCGAUGAAGGAUCAACAGAGUACGACGAGAUCGAACGGCCGAUGGCUUAUGGUAGAGUGUUGAGGACAUGGUCUAAAUGGGUCGAGGAAAACAUUGAUCCAAACAGGACACAAGUCUUCUUCAGCAGCAUGUCCCCUCUUCACAUCAAGAGUUUGGAUUGGGACAACCCCGAUGGAAUAAAAUGUGCAAAAGAGACCAUGCCGAUCCUCAACACGACGACUCCACCGGAGGUGGGCACGGACCGCAGGCUGUUUGUGAUCGCAAGCAAUAUCACGCGAUCAAUGAAGGUCCCCGUCUACUUUAACAACAUCACUGCCCUCUCGGAGUUCAGGAAGGACGCCCACACAUCGGUCUACACAAUCCGUCAGGGCAAGAUGCUGACGCCCGAGCAGCAGGCCGACCCUGCCACAUACGCGGACUGCAUCCACUGGUGCCUCCCCGGGCUGCCGGACACAUGGAACGAGUUCCUCUAUGCUCGUAUCGUCUCCCGAUCUUGACACUUGGCGAAAUCAAAAAUUUUUGGGAUUCUUUUCUUUUUUUCUUCUGUGGGGAGGUACACAUCAAUUCCAUCAAACUUCGGCUGUAAUUUCUCUUGUAAUUGUCACUAAUUUUCUCCCUUUUUUUUUUCCUUAGCUUGUUAUUGCUUUACUUUGGGGGGGUUAGGAAGAAGGCAUAUGUUGGGGAAUUUUGGUCUUGGUUAAGCCCAUUUGAUUACGGUGCGCUGAUCAUGAGACCAGAUUUCCAGUCAAAGGGAUCAGAGAAAUUUGUGGGGCCCAAAAGAUGGGCAAUUUGAUUCAACCCCUUUUCUUGAUCAGCAAUUGUAUGAUGGCUAUUUUGGCAAAUCAAAUAAAGCAAUUACAAGUUCCAUAGUUCCAUUGCAAA